GUUGUGGCUUUAAUGCCACGAUAACGUUUACUACUACUUGGUGUAAAUAACACUUUUACUAUUUUUUUUGUUCGCCCGCGUGUCCGGAGCACAGCUUCAUUCGGCGUGAACGCGCACGCCCGAGUUUCCACAACUGCACCUGGGACUCGCGCUCUCCACUUUCUUAAAGCGCAUUUGAGCGCUGUUGCGCUUUCACGCACCGCGCGCCCGACCGCGACACGCACGUGAGUUCCACGCGCAGUCUCCGGCUUGUUGCUCCCGGCAGCAUCACUUCGCCCCGGGCGCGUCGCGCUUCGUCUCGGGCUGCGUUCACGCGGCUGCCGCGUCGGAGCUCGCGCGCCUCUCGCCGCGACUGUGUUCGCGGUUGUGCGGCGCUUCUGUCUCGCGCUGGCUGCGUGUUUGUGAUGUAAAUGCGCGGCGGCCCGAGCUCCGGUUGCCCACGGGAGCCGGGAUGGAGGCGCGGGCCACGCCUCGCUGGCCCACUGCCACCCUGAGGCCUGGAGGCUCCCGGGGGCCGAGCAGCCGGGUUGGUCCCCGCAACAGCGACGCGAGGACGCGGAGAGAAAGUCAACUCACACGCAAACAGGCGGAUGGCAGAUAAACGGUUGCUUAGGCGUCCAAGAUAGAUUCCCUCAGGAGUAAAGUGGACUUGCUGCGCCUCCCUCUGGCUCUGUCCUGCAAGUCCAUCGGCUAUCAGAAAAGCCAGCUGAGCGUCGUGUGGGAGAAGAGCUCGGGGGCAGGGGGGGUCCGGAAGCCCCGUCCACCAGCGGCCUCCGACAUGGACAACGAGUCCACCUACUCUGGAUACUCCUACAAGUCGUCCCACUCUCGAGUCUCCCGCAAACACAGGAGGGACCGGAACCGGUCCAAGAGCCGCGACAGCAGCGUCCGCGGAGACAAGUCCGUGACCAUCCAGGCUCCCGGGGAACCGCUGCUGGAUGCCGAGUCCACCAGAGGCGACGACAGGGAUGACAACUGGGGAGAGACCACCACGGUGGUCACCGGCACCUCCGUGGACAGCGUCUCCAACGAGGACCUGACGCGCGUCUCCAAGGACCUGGACGAGUCGCUGCCGCUGGAGUGCCGGCGGUACCUGGCGCCGGCGCUGGGUGGCGCGCUGGGCCUGCUGUCCCUGCUCACCCCGCUGGCCUUCCUCGCCCUCCCACCGCUGCUGUGGCGCGAGCAGCUGGAGCCGUGCGGCACGCCGUGCGAGGGCCUCUACAUCUCGCUGGCGUUCAAGCUCCUGAUCCUCCUCAUGUCCACGUGGGCGCUGUUCCUGCGGCCGCCCCGGGCCACGCUGCCGCGCUUCUUCGUCUUCCGCUGCCUGCUGCUGGCGCUGGUCUUCCUCUUCGUGGCGUCCUACUGGCUCUUCUACGGGGUGCGGGUGCUGGAGCCCAAAGAGGCCGACUACAGGGGGAUCGUGGGAUACGCCGCCUCGCUGGUGGACGCGCUGCUCUUCAUCCAGUACCUGGCGCUGGUGCUGCUGGAGGUGCGGCAGCUGCAGCCGGCCUUCGGCCUGAAGGUCGUGAGGACCACGGACGGGGCCAGCCGCUUCUACAACGUGGGACAUCUCAGUAUUCAGCGAGCAGCAGUGUGGCUCCUGGACCAGUACUACACUGACUUCCCAGUGUAUAACCCAGCCCUUCUGAACCUGCCCAAGUCCAUCCUCACCAAGAAGAUGUCAGCCUUCAAGGUCUACACUCUGGGCGAAGAGAACAACACUAACAACUCCACGGGUCAGUCCAGAGCCAUGAUCGCAGCCGCCGCUCGCAGAAGAGACAACUCCCACAACGAAUACUACUACGAGGAGGCGGAGGUGGAGCGGAGGGUCCGCAAACGCAAGGCCAGGCUGGUGGUGGCAGUGGAGGAGGCCUUCACCCAUAUAAAGCGCCACCAGGACGAUGAGUCCACCACGUCUUCUCCCAAACACCCGCGGGAGGUGAUGGACCCGCGGGAGGCGGCUCAGGCCAUCUUCGCUCCCAUGGCGCGGGCCAUGCAGAAGUACCUCCGCGCCACCAGGCAGCAGUCGUACCACAGCAUGGAGAGCAUCAUCAACCACCUGCAGUUCUGCGUCACGCACAACAUGACCCCCAAGGCCUUCCUCGAGCGCUACCUCGGCCCAGGUCCCACCCUGCAGUACCUGGACAACAGCAGGGGGCGCCAGUGGACGCUGGUGAGCGAGGAGCCUGUGACGGCCUCUCUGCGCCAAGGCCAGGUCUUCUCCUUGAAGCGCAUGGACUUCUCCCUGGUUGUCACGGUGACGGCGCUGCCCUUCCUGCGCCUCGGUGAGGAGUUCGUAGAUCCCAAAAGUCACAAGUUUGUCAUGAAGCUGCAGUCUGAGACAUCCGUGUAGGAGGAGAGAUGGACUCAUUCAGAACUUUCAGGCUUUUUCUACCUUUUGGUAUUUUAGAGAUAUUUUUGAUGAUCUGUUUGUUGUUUAUUGUGACUCCUGAAAAUGCAAAGUGUCCGUGAGUAAAAUUUCAUGAUGUCAUUGCUUUUAUAUAACUUGACACUGCCAAAUUCUGCUUCUGUUUGUCGUUAAUACUGAAGAAUAGGUCCUUAGUUGUAAUCACUGCAAAUGUUAUAACAAGUGUCCUGUUGUUAAAGAGGAAAUUAAUAUUCUGGAUUUUACCGUAUUUGUCAUACAGUCAACACUUCUAUAGAAAUCCCUGUGUGAUGUAAGUGCAGACUCAGUGACAUCACUGGAGAGCUGACCUUUGUACUGUGAAACCUUCCAGACUGUCAGUUUUUGCCUUGUUUCCUGUUUAAACUUCUUGUUUUGGCCUUUUAAAGUCUGAAAACACACAGUAAGGAAGUCUGUUAAAAGACCAUGCAAGAUUUGUCCCCCUUUCACAUCUGCUUGUCCCGAGACUGACUUAAUCAAAAGAUAAAACAUCUGAACUUCUUCUAUUUGAUUCCACUGAAAAGUUUACUGAAAGUAGACAAAUUGUAAUGUUAUUAUUUUGUCGUUCUGUGUAGUUGAGCUUUGUUUGAUUGUUGAUUUGACACAGUUGGAAGCUGCCCCAAGGCCCGAGACCUGCCAACGACUGCAAAAGCGCCUGCUUUGUGUUGUCGAGGACUCCAGGUUUUUCCCAUGUUCUGCUUCUUUAAAUUCUUUUAAUUUUUUAAUUUAAAUUCUAAUAGUUGAGCUCUCCAAGGUUAACACACUAGUUGUAGAGAAGGUUUUGUUGAUGAGCGGACUCCCAGAAUAUCAGUUGGAGUCCAGAUGUGUCAGGAAGCUGUUGUACAUAUUAAUGCUGAUAUUUUUUUUGAAAUACUGUAUAUUUGUCUCUUGUAACUCCUUGAAUGUCUACUAUAAAAACAUCUAAAUACUCACAAGUUUUUUAUACAGUACAAGGUUGUGUUUGUGUGUUCUGCUUCACUUUGCUGAAUUAAGCUUUUAACUUGUGGUACACAAGAUUACUGUGUCUGUGUCUUUAAAAACAAGCUUGUUACUUACACGUGUUUUUAGCAGUGAGUUGCAACACUUUGUAAUAAACAAUCAUUUGUCUGUGAAUAACAAAUGAUUUUUUUCGAAUGUC